AUAGUACUACUACAAUAAGAAAAGGGAUAACCUUUUGCAAUUCGUUUUAACAUUGACAUUUGUAUGCCUAUUACACUUACAUAACUAAAAUUGCAUGUGUCAAAUUAAAUGUUUACAAAACAUGAAACGUACUGACACGUCUACCAAUACUUUGUUUGCUGGUGUCGACUAGGACAAAUGCCGUAUCUAGUGCUAUACGGCUUUAAGAAGCACCUAACUGGCCCAGACGAGUGUUGCAACGCGGCAUUAGAAGAAAUACUUACGUUGGUAUAUAAGAGAACCGUCGGUACACGUAAUCAUCCCACACAUCCACUGUUCUCUGAAGAAGACAGCCGCAAAAAGAAAACAAAAAUGAAAUUGUUUGUGGUUCUUGCUCUGGUUGCCGCCGCUUGUGCCGCUCCUCAGAACCCUCAGGAUGUCCAAAUCUUGCGCUAUGACGUCAACAAUGCUGGACUUGACUCAUACAGUUUCGCAUGGGAAUUAUCGGACGGUUCUAAACAUGAGGAACAAGGGCAGCUGAAGAACCAGGGCACAGAGAACGAGGCUCUGUCCGUGCAGGGUCAAUACGCGUGGGUUGCUCCCGACGGUGUCACCUACAUCGUCUCCUACGUCGCCGACGAGAAUGGCUUCAGACCUCAAAUCCAACAGGGACCCGGUGGUAGCGUCCCCUCAGGCGUCAUCGAAUCCCUCUUGGGACAAUAAACCUACAUAAAUUCCUCUGGAAUUCAUAGGUACCUGUAAAUACUCCUACGUGCAUAUAAUAUUUAUAUGCCGUUAUUAUAAUAGUAUUGUUAAGAAAUAAAUAUAGUUUUAAAAUGUA